UUAAACACUUGAACUAAGUUGCAGAAAAAAAAAAUGGUGAUGAUGGGAGAAAUGUGGAACUUAGGGUCCACCAUGGGUACUUUGAUGCUUGUUUAUACCCUCUUCAGGCAGUUUUUUCCUCAUCAUCUUCAGCUCUAUUUCGAAAAAUAUUUCAGAAAAGUUAGUGGUUUUAUAUAUCCUUACGUAGAAAUUACCUUCGAUGAGUUCGCCGGCGACUUUUUUAAGCGCAAUGAAGCCUAUUCGGCGAUUAAAUCUUAUCUCGGCGACAAGUCGUCGGCGUCGGCGAAGCGUCUCAAGGCCAACGUCGUGAAAGAUACUGAAUCCGUGGUCCUUUCCAUGGAUUAUAACGAAGAAGUCACCGAUAAAUUUGAAGGCGUUAAAGUUUGGUGGUCGGCGAACAGAACUCUUCCCAGCACUCAACGGAUUUCAUGGUUUUCCGAUGACGAUGAGAAGAGAUCUUACACGCUUACGGUGCAUAAACGCCAUCGGGAAUUGAUCACGCGGUCUUAUAUUGGUUAUGUGUUGAAGGAAGGGAAGGAAAGGGCGACGAGGAACCGGCGGCGGAAGCUCUAUUCGAACAAUCCGAGCCAUGAUUGGCAUGGAUAUCGGAGGAGCAAGUGGAGUGAUGUACCGUUCGAACAUCCGGCGACGUUCGAUACGUUGGCGAUGGAUUCGAAUUUGAAAGAGGAGAUCAAGAACGAUUUGAUCAAGUUUAGUACUGCAAAGGACUAUUAUGUUCGGAUAGGGAAGGCUUGGAAACGUGGAUACCUUCUUUACGGUCCUCCCGGGACCGGGAAAUCUUCGAUGAUUGCCGCGAUGGCGAACCUAUUGGAUUAUGAUGUUUACGAUCUCGAACUCACUGCGGUGAAGGAGAACGCGGAGUUGAGAAGGCUUUUGCUCGAUACGUCGAAUAAAUCGGUGGUGGUGAUCGAGGAUAUCGAUUGCUCCCUCGAUCUCACGGGCCAAAGGGAGAGAAAUAAAACGGAGAAAGACAAAAAAGACGAAGAUCGAUCGGACCCGAUCACGAAAAAGAUCAAAGAAGACGAGAAAACAGAAAGUAAGGUCACAUUAUCGGGGCUUUUGAAUUGCAUCGACGGAUUAUGGUCGUCUUGCGGAGGCGAAAGGAUCAUUGUUUUCACAACAAAUUAUGUGGAGAAACUCGAUCCGGCAUUGAUAAGGAGAGGAAGAAUGGAUAAACACAUUGAACUGUCUUAUUGCUGCUUCGAUGCGUUCAAGGUGUUCGCCAAGAACUACCUGGAGAUCGAUUCUCAUUCGUUGUUUGGCGAAAUCGAAACAUUGUUGGGCGAAACCGAAAUGACUCCGGCCGAUGUUGCGGAGAAUUUGAUGCCGAAAUCGAACAAUGACGAAGUUGAAACUUGUUUAAGCCGAUUGAUCGAAGCUCUUAACGAUGCAAAGAAGAAGAAGAAGGCAGAGGAUGAAGCUCGUUUAAUGGCGGAGAAAAAAGAAGAAGAAAACAAGGAAGUGAAAGAAAAUGGGGUGGCAACGGCUGCCGAUGAAGUGAAAGAAAAUGGUGUCACCGUCAGCCAUUAGUAUAUGAAUUGAUCAAUGUUCUUAUUGUUAUUUGUAUUGGUUUGUGUUUAGCUGGUGGAGAUAGAUUUGUUUAAAAAAUAAGAUUUUAAAUCCAUGUAGUGAUGUGUAUAGACAUAGUGUA